AUGAUAGUUCCAUCUGAUAAAACUUUCCUCGCAAAGAAACUACCCCCUAAGCUCAAGAACCAGCAGGCAUGUUCGUUGCUGCUAUUGACAGUACAGACUCUUCUAUCCGCCCUUGACCUUCUACUGCUGGUGAAGCUAAGUUCUGACAUACGGCCACCUGGGAAUCAUGAUCGGCGGGCUUCCUGUUAUCUCUCUGCAAAAGCCCCGCCAAAAGGGAAGGAGAGACCGCAAGCAGACGCCUUGUAG